AUUUAAUAAAUAAAUAUUUAUAUAUACGGAGGGUGUAGAAUUCCGGCGGCGGACGGCGGCCUUGAGUCUCAAUUCAGCGGCGGCGAGGCGGCGGAAUGGAAGAUCAGAGUCGAAGCAUAUAUAAAAUUGCGAGGACGAUCAAGAGGAAAGAGAGCACGCUCUACAACGCCUUGCGCUCCAUCUACGAGGACUCCAUCUUCGUCGGAGAAAUCUCGCAGCUCUGGCCGGAGCUGCCGCUGCUUGCCAACCUUCGAUGCGGCUUAUGGUAUUCCCCCAAAUUCAACUCUAAUUGCUACUUCAAAUCCACCGAUGGCCACACCAACAACUUGUCUUUCAAUACCUCACGCCUCAACCUCCAUGUCGCCCUCACUGCUGCACAGAGGGGAGGAUGUAUGAUUGUUGAUUCAACAAGAAAAGGGAAGAGGUUUCCAGACAGUAUGUCCAAGACUAUACCAAUUUGGACCUGUGUCAUGAAUCGUGCUAUUUUCAAUUUCUGGACCAAACAUGACAGACAUGAUGCUCUGGAAAAUGUUCCAACUACUUCAGUGGAACUUGGAACUGUCGGAGGCGACUCUUCUGGUUGGGAUUGUUCCUUGCAUCUUCCCCUCUGGGUUUCAGAAACUGAGAAAGCAAUGAUUGAAGGCCGGUUGGAAGGUUGGACCAAGGAGCUGGAGGCCAGCGGCGCAGAUAUUGCUUCAAUUGCAUCAUCUCUGAAAAAGCCUCUAAGACCUCUAUGGAUUUCACAAAAGACUGUUAUUUGGUUGAAUGAAGUACCGGAGAUCGAUUCAUGGGAUUUUACCCCUAUCAUACUUGUAUCUGCAUCAGCUUCUAGUGGUACUGUUCAGCACAGAACUACCUCCGAGUUUAGCUGGAAUUAUAUUGCUGGAGCCGGAGAUGAUGAGGAAAGUUGGGCUAGAGGUCUAUCACCCGACCUUUUCUGGAGACACGCCUAUGAUAUAAUCCAACUGGGUCCUGAUUUUUGUAAUCAAAAGGUAGCAAAUAUUAUUGAAACAGACAGAGUACGACGUGCGCAACGGGGAGAAAAUGCUCCUCAGAUCUCAGUCAAGUCAUCUAAAAGUCUGGGAAGCACAAACAUGUCUUCCAUAGGAGAGCCAUCGAAUUUGGAGAAUGGAACUGUAGCUGAUUCAUGGAAAUUAAACGACGUCCCAAGCAUCUCGUUUCUGGGCUCGACUAAGAUUGCAGUUUGUAAGUCUCAACACGCAUCGGAAGUUCAUCCUUCCUACUGCAUUAUAAACUGCUCGGAGGAGUCAUUUUCUGCCCCUCUGCAGAGCUCCGAAUCGCAUCUGCACUUGCCAAUUGAGGACUCCAAAUUCGAUCGCACUUCUUUGUUAAGAAACCUUCCUUCUGCUCUCGGCUUCGCCCAGAUGCAUUUGAGAAAGGGAAAUACACUUCUGAUUUGCUGCAACAAUGGGGAAGAUAUAAGCAUAUGUGUAUCUCUGGCAAUCUUAACCUCAUUCUACGACGAAAAAGGACACUUUGACGAUGGUAAACACUCGAGUGAAGCGAAAAUGACCAAGGCAGAGCUGCGAAAACGGCUAGUUUUUGUAUGCAAGUAUGUUGUCAAUGCUCGACCCUCGCGGGGUAACUUGAAACAGGUAUUUGCUUACCUUACUCGUCGUGAUUGAAGCGUAGAUUUUGCUUGUAGAAAGACAAAUUAAUUCGACCUUUAUAGUAGUAGUCGUAAUAGUGAGUACCAUUUGCUGUUGGGGAGACGGAGGAUAUUGCAUAUUUCCCGACUAUGAGAUAGAUGUAGUCGAGAAACUUUGUAGUGCAAGCACUCCUACCAUCGUAUUGGUCCGACUUAUUUUUAUUUGAAUUUUAAUUUAAACAGUAUUUUGAUGUUA